UUGUGUGGGCAGGAGUCAAGAAAGAGGAAGAAACAUUUUCUGUCUGUGCAAGCAUUUUAAAAUAAACCAUGUUAACUGAGAAUUUCAUCAGUGUAUCGUCUGCUGGAGAGACUCACCAGAACACGAGGUCGCUAGAGGUAGCUUGAUGACACCAAGUUUGAGCACACAAUCAUGGGACAUGUGAUCUUCACCUCUCAGCCGGUGGAAAAUAAUCGGGAUUGGACUCAGGAAGAAAACAUGUUCAUCGAUGUGAUUAUGAAGCAAAGCAGGACCGAGUGCCGUGGGAGCUGAACGAGGCAAUGCUUACUGUCACUACAAUAGACUUUAAAAAGAGGAAGGAAAAAAUUGCAAAAACAGCAGAAGAAAGUUUUCAGCUCACAUUUGCGGUUCACUCUCCUGGAGUCUGUUUGCUGUGUCUGAAACUACAACACGUUUCCUGCAGUGAUGUCACAGAAACCGGCUCCUUCUCUUCUUCUGCUGUUUCUGCUCAUGAUUCCAGGAGUUUGUAGCCAGUGGAGUGGCUGGGGUGUGAGUUACAGUCCUUCACACAUCUGUGCACUAAAGGACUCAUCAGUGAUAAUGAACUGCACUUAUACAUACCCUACUGGAUACUGGAUCAGGAAAGUGUUCUGGACCAAAGGUGAUGUGAAAGAGGAUGGAGAGUUUAUAGAUCUGUCUGAGGACCCUGAAUACAGUCAGAGGCUUCAGUAUCUGGUAGAUGAACAGCAGAACUGCACCAUGAGACUGAGUCAUGUGACACUGAAGGAUUCACACGAGUACUAUUUCAGAUUCAUCACUGAUAAAUAUCAUGGUAAAUGGAUUGGUAAACCAGGAGUGACUCUUACUGUCACAGAUCUUCAGGUGGAGUCUCCUGAGAGAGUGACAGAGGGAGAUUCAGUCCGUCUGACAUGUAAAAGCAGCUGCACUCUGACUGACAGAGCAACAUUCAUCUGGUACAGAAACUCACAGCCAUUAACUGAGAGAAGAGACAGAAACAAUGAACUCCUGCUGCAGUCAGUCAGAAGAGAGGAUGCAGGCAGAUAUAGCUGUGCUGUACACGGACACAAUCACAUCUCUCCUGCUGUUCAGCUCAAUGUCACGUACCCUCCCAGGAACGUCUCAGUCUCCAUCAUUCAGUCUGGUCAGAUUUGGUCAGGAGAUUCAGUGACUCUGAUCUGCAGCAGUGAUUCAAACCCUCCUGCUCUGAACUUCAGCUGGUUUAAGGAGAAUGAAAGCUCAGCUGUUGGAUCUGGACAGAGUUUCAGUGCACUACAGAGUGGACGCUUCUACUGUCAGGCUCACAAUCAACAUGGAUCUCAGAGAUCAGACGCUGUAACUGUCACAGUGCAUCAUGGUCUUGGUUGGCAUGUCUGGUUGGGGAUCACAGUGGCAUGUUUAGGAUUCUUCAUCAUCGUCAUCAUCAUCAUUCUGUUUAUAAUGAGAAAACGAAGAGAUGUUAAAACUGAAGACCUCACAGUGAAACAGGACAAUCUGUACUCUGACGUAACAGGGAGAGACGUUCAUGUUUCUGAAUCAGCUGAUUGUGAUGACGCUCAGUACGCCACUGUUACUUCCAGCAAACCCAGAAGAGACAGAAACGCUCCUGAUCGCAGAGAUACUGAGGAGAUCCAGUACGCAACUGUACAACAUCACAAAAACAAACAGACCAAGAGAUCAGAGGAGAACGAAAGCCAGUACGGCAAUAUCAGGAUUCACCAGCCUGAAUCUGCUGUGAGGCGAUCAAAUGUUGAAACUGUGGAAGAGGCUUCUGUGAUCUACAGCCGUGUCAAAUGAGUAACAGAGACCAUCAUGAAGACAAAGGCCUAAACAAAUGAUAAUUAAUGUUCUGGAAGUAGGGCUGUCAAUGUAGCGUGUUCAGUUAUUUAUUAUUCAAUAUUCAGGUAAAUAAUGACAGGAAUGCAGUGAAUAUGAUCUUUUACAAGAUGAAGAAGACAAAUGAAAGAGUCAAGAACCCACAACACAGUGUUUGAUGAGACUAAAAAACGUUUGUGAUGUCACUGGCUGGUAAUUCGGUUUAAACUUUUGACUUCAAUGUUUUCUGUGACCAAAUUAAAAAAAAAAAAAUCCAUACCAUUUUGACCAAA